ACCAAAUAGCCAGUCAAGUGAUUUUUUUUCUGCUUUUAUUUGCAAAGUAAAAUACGCCGUUAUAUCCAAACACCAAAUAGUUAUUUUCCUAGUUUUUAGCAUUUCCACUAGGGGGAUUUUCACUAGGUCAGCUGAUUUACCGCUGGGUUACGCGAGUCUGUUCCGGCUUGGCCAAGGUGAUCUCGUGCUUCCGGUUGAAGAGGGCACGGUAGCUUCCGUUCUUUCGCGCGUGACGACACUUAGCACUUAUAUGGUCAUACGUUUCAGCGGAUAAUGAACCCUCGCCAUGAGUUUAGUAACGUUGAAAACUGUGAUUACUCCACUGAUGUAGGACUCUCGUGAAAAACUAAUUUACGAUAAAUCUACUGAAAUAUGACUAAGCCAUACUUGGAGAUGGGAAACGACUCUUCGAAAAAAGCGAAUUCUCAGGCUCAAUCGCAGAAUCAAACAUCAAGUCAUGAAAGGUCAAUAGACGGAGUAAGACGUAUUCUUCUCGUCCAUAACUCCUCGACGAAUGAGGAGCUUCAAUCGGUGAAAAAUUUCCGCGAUGCCUUGGUUCAAGCCGCUCCAGGGAGCAUUAAAAUCGACAAACUAGUCAACAUUGCUGAAAAGAGCGAGAAUUUCCAGGGUGUUACGUGGUUAGAAAAACUGAAUAAUGUGAUUUUGAUCCGACUUUCUACGGAACACGUGCAGAAAAUAGCGGAUACUCUUCGAAAAAAUAAUUUGGUGGACGAAAAUGACCAUCUUCAUGGCAAAGUCAUGGGGAUCUCGUUCGGAAAGGAACUCCCCGCCGGAUGGCCUCCGUCAGGCUCUAACAGGCGUGAGCAAGAUCAGAGGGAUUUCGUGUUUGGUUUGGAGGAUGAAAAUAACGCGAAAGCGAAGGAUUUUACAGGGGCCAAGUUGAACUCUCUUGUGGCAGCGAUAAUGGCUACUAACUGAAAUGUGGGCUAUUUUGCUUGUUGGGUGAAAAAAGAUGCUAGUGUGUAUGAAUCCAAUAAAUAAUAGUCUAAAAUUUAAAAGCAUAAAUGAUACAGACGUUUUUUUUUAUGGUUACGGAUCGGAACCGGAAUUAUACUUCUUGUGUGCUUAUAGGUUAAUGUUGCUUAAUUGUAUAUUGUUUAAACUUUAUACAAAAUAAUCUAUAGAAAUUUGUGAAAAUAUUUUUAUAAAAAAGAACAAAUUAAACAAAUUGUAGAAUUUG